AUGGACGUUUCACGAGUAUCAGUAAUGACGUUCAAUAUGUGUAAAACCGAAGGUUUUCCAAUCAAUUGGCCACAGCGUCGUUUACCUAUUAUUGAAUGUCUCACAGCAUUCACACCCGAUAUUCUCUGCAUACAAGAACUGCAUCCAUUACUACACGAUACCAUUGUCGAAGCUUUACCAACACAUGCUUUCAUUCAAGAUGAAUUUGCUGGAUGGCAGAAUGAAGGUAAUAUCUAUUGGAAUUCGAAUAUGUUCACCAUGUUAGACUACGGAAUGGUUGAUAUUGGUAUAAUGGAACCAUUGAGACGUUUAUUUUGGGCACGAUUGUUCAUCAAAUCAUCGACAUCAAAUGUAACCAAUCAACAAAAUAGAAAAGAAAUACUUGUUUCGACUGCCCAUUAUACUUGGGAAGGACAUGAAGAAGAACGCAAAACAGAUAUUAAUCUGCGUAAGCAACAAACACGUCGUACAGUUAGUGCUUUAGAAGCAUUAACUACUCGAUUCAAUAAUCCUUAUCUAGCUGUUUUAUUUAUGGGUGAUUUAAAUGAAAAUUAUCAUCCACGACGUAUUCUACGUGAAGCUGGUUAUGUCGAUUGUUUUGCUGAAUUACGAUUACCAACACCAAUUACACAUCCUCAACGACCAGCUGAACCAAAAGAAGAUAUUCAAGUUGGCACAACAUUAGAUUGGAUCAUGCAAAAUAAAUAUGCACGUCCUAUCUUAGCUAAUUCUCUAACAAAUAUCUUUUGUACUGGAGGAUACUCGGUGUCGGACCAUUGUCCAGUAAUGUGCAUCUAUGAAAUCGGUGCUGGUCCGAAUAAAUAUUUGCAAGUUAAAUUUAAUGACGAAGAACGUGAUCAAACUAAUCCUUCGAUUGUGCCAUGUCAUGUGUUUAAAAGCAAAUCGCAACUUGGAACAGACUCAUACGGAAGAAGAAGAACGUGGAAUUUUUCUAUUCUAAUCCUUUUCCUUCUUAUUUACAAUGAGAAAUCGUUGGCUCUUUCGUUGAAUCAACCGAACUUGUCUUCAACAGCAACUUGGAAUCGGAGUGGAAACACUUUUGCUAAUCGAUCUAUCGUUGGUCAAAAUCCCACAUCUAUUUUUAUAACCACAAACAAUACGAUCUAUGUUUUUAAUCAAGAGAAAAAGAAGGUUUUGAUUUGGAAUGACGAGAAUAGUCUCACACCAACAUACAACAUUUCAGGCAACUUUUCGGAUGCUUAUUCCAUAUUUGUAACAUCGAAUGGUGAUGUUUAUAUUGAUGAUGACGUUAGGCAUGGUGUAGUAAAGAAGUGGAGACCACAAACAGAAGAUUUUGAGAUUGUUAUGAAUGUUGAGUCGCAAUGUUUUGGUCUCUUUGUUGAUAUUAAUGACAACUUGUAUUGUUCCAUAUUCACUAAUCAUCGAGUGGUGAAAACAAACUUGAAGAGUCCUUCGAUGAAACCGACCCUCGUUGCUGGAAACGGCGUUGAAGGAUCUCAUGCUAGUGAACUCAGCUAUCCCUAUGGAAUUUUUGUUGAUAACAACUUGGAUUUAUUGGUAGCAGACUCGAAUAAUGCUAGAAUUCAGUCAUUUGUAUUCGGAGAAAAAAAUGCCAUCACACUUGCUGGUGCAGGCUGGAAAUAA